UUAGGCCUGUGACAUAAAAGUAUUUCUCGCACUCCUUUCUCUUUCGUUGAUCUCUAUAAGUAAUCUCCAAAUGAACAGGGUACAGUUAAGUACAAUCAAUGUUUGAUUGAUGCAAAUUAUUAAGAAUUUAUCAAAUCUCAUCUAAGAAACAUGUCGUGGUGGAGUGGUUUCUUUGAGCUGAGACCAUUAUUCCACUUGUUACUUCCACUAAGCAUUCAUUGGAUUGCUGAAGAAAUGACAGUUUCUGUUCUUGUUGAUGUUACAACCACUGCUUUAUGUCCUCAACAAUCAUCUUGUUCCAAAGCCAUUUACAUUAAUGGCCUUCAAGAAACAAUUGCUGGAAUUUUCAAGAUGAUGGUACUUCCACUUUUGGGCCAGCUUUCAGAUGAUCAUGGUCGCAAACCUUUCCUCCUUCUUACCAUGUCCACCACCAUAUUUCCUUUUGCUUUACUUGCUUGGAAUCAAUCUGAGGAAUUUGUAUAUGCAUACUAUGUGCUUCGCACAAUUUCGUAUAUAAUCAGUAAAGGAAGUAUUUUCUGCAUCUCUGUCGCGUAUGUGGCAGAUGUUGUCAAUGAAAACAAAAGGGCAGCAGUAUUUGGUUGGAUCACUGGUCUCUUUUCGGCUUCACAUGUUGUUGGGAACGUCUUGGCUCGAUUUCUUCCUCAAAACUACAUUUUUGUGGUUUCAAUAGCACUAUUGAUAUUUUGUCCAGUUUAUAUGCAAUUUUUCCUAGUUGAAACUGUAAAACUAGCUCCCAGAAAGAACCAAGAGUUAGGCUUCUGCUCUAAAGUUAGUUAUGUUGUUAGCCGAAGAUAUAAAUCUAUGAGGAAUGCUGCGGAAAUAGUAAUCUUCAGUCCUGCAUUAAGAGGCAUGGCUCUUGUCUCUUUCUUUUAUGAGUUGGGAAUGUCUGGUAUAACCACAGUUUUGCUGUACUAUUUGAAAGCUGUUUUUGGUUUUAACAAAAAUCAGUUCUCAGAACUUCUGAUGAUGGUCGGAAUUGGUUCAAUCUUUUCUCAGAUUGUAUUGCUUCCAAUACUUAAUCCUUUGGUUGGAGAGAAAGUGAUUCUAUGCUCAGCUUUACUUGCAUCAAUAGCAUAUGCUUGGCUUUCUGGAUUAGCAUGGGCACCUUGGGUACCAUAUUUAAGUGCCUCAUUUGGCAUUAUCUAUGUCCUUGUGAAACCAGCUACAUAUGCUAUUAUUUCAAGAGCAUCAAGCUCAACCAAUCAGGGAAAAGCACAAACUUUUAUUGCUGGGGCACAAUCUAUAUCUGAUUUACUAUCACCAAUUGUAAUGAGCCCUUUGACUUCAUUGUUUUUAUCUAGCGAUGCUCCCUUUGAAUGCAAAGGUUUUAGCAUUUUAUGUGCAUCUGUAUGCAUGAUGAUUUCUCUGAUUUUUGCUUGCAUGCUAAAUCCUAAUACUCCUUCAAGUUAUGACUUGGAGGACAACAUAGAAGACCCGCUUCUGAAUCAUAGCUGAUUGGAUCAAUUGUACACAUACUAGGCCAAUCAUGCAAUGUAGAUAUAUAAUUAAUUAAUGCAUCCUUUGCCUUAAAUGUCUAUUGCAUUUUGCACAUGCCAUAUAUUCAUAUAGUUGGGUAUGGGUUACAAGGUUAGGAUAAUAUGAUAUAAGAAAAAUAUAAAAGUGGACCUUCUCAUAUGCAAAUAUCAAAUGUCACUGUUUACUA